UAUGGGGGCGGAAGAGAUCAAACAAAAUGGAGCUCAAAAGGAUUACCUUAUUUACUAUUUUCUUAGAGUUAGUUACAGUGUAUACAGUUCAAACUAUUUAAAAGAAUAAUUUAAUUAUCCGAAGCAGCAUUUAAACUAGAAUUAGAAAAUGGAAACGACGUUUCUAAGUGGAAAUUAAAAUACUUGUUUUGUACUGAAUGCCUUUUGAACUGAGAAGAAAACUAGAACAGUUUUGGGAAGUGUGUGCGUGAGCGUGCCCCGUCGACGUCACAUCCGGUCUCUCCCUCUCCCCGAGAAGCAGCGGAAGCUUUAAGCAUGGCGGACACCGGUGUAUUAGAAUCACUGUUGCGGCUGGUGGAAAAGGUUGACGGUGGUAUUGACAGUCAAGACGUGGCGGUCAGUCUCUCGGUGGACCACCAGGUCGUUGUUGGGGCCGUGAAGAGUAUUCAGGCUCUGGGAGAGGUUAUUGAUGCAGAGCAGCGCUCCUCCAAGCACUGGGAGUUGACCGGAGAAGGAAGUGAGAUAGCCGAGCAGGGAAGCCAUGAAGCCCGGGUGUUUAACGCCAUCCCCAAAGAAGGAUUGCCUCAGAGUCAGCUCAUGAAACUGGCCAGUGGGAAAGUGGGCUUUAGCAAGGCCAUGUCCAACAAAUGGAUUCGUGUGGAUAAAGGUCAUGAGGGAGGCCCCAGAGUCUUCAGGACGGUGGAAAGCAUCGAGGAUUCUGUGAGAGGGAAACUGCAGCUAGUGCAGAAGGGCCAGUCAUCUCAACUGGAGGAGAAGGAAAAGAAUGAACUGAAGAAACGAAAGCUGCUCACUGAGGUGACAGUAAAGUCCUACUGGAUCACCAAAGGCAGCAACUUCAGCACCACUAUCACCAAACAGGAGACUGAACUCACUCCAGAGAUGAUUGCUAGUGGAAGUUGGAAAGACAAAAAGUUCAAGCCGUAUAACUUCGAGGCAAUGGGUGUGGCUCCAGACUGUGGCCAUUUGCACCCUCUGAUGAAGGUGCGCACGCAGUUCAGACAGAUCUUCCUGGAAAUGGGGUUCACAGAGAUGCCCACCAAUAACUUCAUCGAGAGCUCUUUCUGGAACUUUGACUCUCUGUUCCAGCCCCAGCAGCACCCUGCUAGAGAUCAGCAUGACACCUUCUUCCUGUCUGAUCCAGCAGUAGCUCAUAAAUUUCCCCAAGAAUACCUAGAAAGGGUGAAGAAGGUCCAUUCAGAGGGAGGAUAUGGAUCACAGGGGUACAAAUAUGACUGGAAAAUUGAAGAAGCUCAGAAGAACAUCCUCCGUACACACACGACAGCUGUGAGCGCACGCAUGCUUUACAAACUAGCCCAGCAGGAGAAAUUUACACCAGUGAAGUACUUCUCUAUAGACCGCGUGUUCCGCAACGAGACUCUGGACGCCACUCACCUGGCUGAGUUUCAUCAGAUUGAGGGCGUGGUGGCUGAUUACGGCCUGACCCUGGGUGACCUGAUGGGGAUUCUGCAUCAGUUCUUCACCAAACUCGGAAUCACUAAGUUGCGUUUUAAGCCAGCCUACAACCCUUACACUGAGCCCAGCAUGGAGGUGUUCAGCUAUCAUGAAGGUCUGAAGAAAUGGGUAGAGGUUGGGAACUCUGGGGUUUUUAGACCCGAAAUGCUGCUGCCUAUGGGUUUACCGGAGGAUGUGUCAGUCAUCGCCUGGGGACUUUCUUUGGAGCGGCCCACCAUGAUCAAGUACGGCAUCAACAACAUCCGUGAGCUUGUGGGGCACAAAGUAAAUCUGCAGAUGGUGUACGACAGUCCAGUGUGUCGUCUGGACUCUUAAACUGCAACCAGGAACAAUCACAGGAAGGAAAAUCUGUCUCUUAGAAUCCUCUCAUUCACAAAUCUCAUGGAUUUAUCCAAUCGUCCUGGAUCAGUCCACAUUGCCACGCCAGUGACGUACACUCUGCUGGGGUCCACUUUCAGUAUCUCACUGAUUAAGAGACUAUGUUGGGCUCUGACUCUGAGAGUGAAAAAAAAAAAAUGACACACUUUAGGUAAAGCUGUCAGCUAUGAAAUAUACGUAUAUAUAUUCCCCAUACGGUGCAGUUCUCCUCUCAAUACUGCAUGCACUCAGAGUUACUGUUAAUACUGAUUAUUUGAUUAGCAUUCUGACUGUCAGCAGCAUGUCUGUAUGUGUUUUAUUAUUGAUUUAGUGCUUAUAUUUAAUGAAGUACUAUUUGCUCUGGCCCAUGUCUCGUAACUAUAAUGCUGAUAUUCAUUCACAGGUCAUUAUUGCAAAUACACCAGCUAAAAGGGAAACAUUUAUGUUGUAAAAAUAAUAAAUUGAAACUGUUUAAAAAAUGGAA